AUGUACCCCAGCGUUGCUCCAAGACAUUCCCGCCCUCGCUGCUGGCUCGCCGCGGGCCGCAGGACGCAAGCUCCGCCGUCCCCGCGGGGGUCCUGCCAGCGCCGCCCUUCGGCCCCUCCGGAGGCCAGGCCAACGCCCUGGGAUCACCACGCCCCUAGCCCACCCCACACGCCCUCAAGACUACGGCCGCCUCGCCGCGGCCGCCGCCACCCACUGGCCCCCGGCCACUGCCCGGUCCUGCCGCCGCCGCCUCCACCAUGCGGGCAUCCGGCUUCGCUCUCGCCGUUCUCACCCUGCGGCUGGUCGCGCGAGCACACUCAGAGGGUGAGUGUGGGUCCCCUGCCCCCGUCCUCCACGCUGCCCGCCUUGCCAGCUGGGGUCCUGCCGCGGCUCUGGCGUCCCCUGACGGCCUGCGCUCGGAUCCUGGGAUCCAGAGGUGCCUGGUGCUACGACUCCCAGGACCCAGAAUGUGGCCCCACUCACUGGAAGGAGAUGGCCCCUGCCUGUGGGGGCCCACACCAGUCCCCCAUCAACAUCGACCUUCACCUGGUCCAGCGGGACCCCACCCUUGGGCCCUUCAUCUUUCAAGGCUAUGACUCUGCACCUCCAGGCCCGUGGACCCUGGAAAAUAAUGGUCAUACAGUGCGCCUGAACCUGGACAGCGGCCCGCAGAGCCGCCGCCUGGAGAUGCGCGGCGCCGGGCUGCCGCCGCCGGCCUACCGCGCGCUGCAGCUGCACUUCCACUGGGGGGCGCCGGCGCGCGCAGGCUCGGAGCACAGCCUGGCCGGGCUGCGCAGCUCCAUGGAGAUGCACAUGGUCCACGUGAACACGCGAUACCGGAACACGCAGGAGGCGCUGGGUCACCCCGACGGGCUCGCGGUGCUGGCCGUGCUGUUGGCAGAGCAGGACGUAGAGAACGCCAACUUCUCAGCCAUUGUGUCGGUUCUGAAGAACGUGUCUAGGCGCGGUGAGAGCCCCGGGCUCUCGGUAGAGCUGGCGUCCACCUUCCCGCUGGCGUCGGUGCUGCCCGGCGCCGCCGGCCUGGCGCGCUACUACCGCUAUUCCGGGUCCCUGACCACUCCCGGCUGCGAGCCCGCGGUGCUUUGGACCGUCUUCCAGGAGCCGGUGCCCAUCGGGCGCGCGCAGGUNNCCCAGUUCCAGACUGCGCUCCAGGCGGGGUCCCCGGGCUCGCGCCCCGCGCUGCUCACCGACAACUUCCGCCCGCAGCAGCCCCUCGGGGGUCGCAGGGUCGCGGCCUCCCCUGGCGCCUCUAUCCACGCGGCAGCCCCGCGCCCCGCCCGGGCCGGCCUGCUCACGCCUCUGCUGGGCCUGGUGCUCGGCCCGCGGCUCCUGCAGGGGUAUUAG